AUGUCUUUGGCGCACAUUUUUAGCAGGAUGGCCAUGGAGGACUCGGUAUCUCUUACGCCUCGCGAGGCAGCAUCUGGACUACUGGGUUCCGUGUCUAUGACCUGCUGGAUUUUCCUAUUGAAGGAGGAGUUUACUAACAGUCUCGCGCGACAGGUCCCCCAAUUGAUUGAGAACUAUCGCAACGGAAACUCGGAAGCAAUUUCCCUUCUCUUUGUCCUUGUUUGGUUCCUGGGCGACAUUACCAACCUUCUUGGCGGGUUACUAGCAGGCCUAGUACCUGUCAUUAUCGCUAUUGCCGUGUACUUCUGUUUCGCGGAUGGUGUUUUGAUCGCGCAAUGUCUGUACUACAAGGCGCGUAACACCCGCCCGGAUGAGGAGCAUCAUCGCCGGCGCUCAUCAGUCGAGACACCCGAUCCCACAACACCAUUGCUUGGUCGCCGAUUUAGCGAUUCGCUAGAAACACCGAAUGGGCGGCGGCGACGGUCGUCAGGUUCUUUGCGCGGCUACCAGAAUGCUGGGCGACGAGGAAGCCAAGCCGAGGACCCAUUGGCGAAGAUCUUGGAAGAGAGCGAGUAUGGACGGAAGGCUUGGAUGAAGAAUGUCAUCAGCAUCCUGGGAAUCAUUGUCGUGGGUAUGGCUGGUUGGACUAUCGCUUGGCAGACUGGCGUGUGGGCGCCGGCGCCGGCACCCCAGAUGAACGCGGACUCUCUAGAUAUGGCUGCUAGUGGUCAGGCUCUGGGGUACUUCAGUGCUGUAUGCUACUUGGGGGCUAGGUUACCUCAGAUCUAUAAGAACUACAGCGAGAAGUCCUGCGAAGGCUUGUCACUGCUAUUCUUCAUCUUGUCUCUCCUGGGCAAUCUGACCUAUGGCGCCGGGAUCAUCGCCCAUUCAACGGAUGCUGGAUAUAUCACGACAAACUUGCCAUGGUUGAUCGGGUCUUUGGGGACAGUGGUUGAAGAUGUUGUCAUCUUUGCACAAUUCCGGAUCUAUGCGAUGCAGGAACCUCCGCUGGCAGUGGCUUGA